CAAAUCUCUGCUCAGGUCCCUACUCGAGCCACGAUCUCGACAGGCGUGAUAACUAUCAAGUCUGUCGCGAUAUCCGGCCCGAGGAAACGGGCUGACUCAGCAGCAAGCGGAAACCGGGAUCGCUCCAAACAGUCGACAAAGACGAGCCGAACGCUGUCAAUCGGAAGGGGCCGACACACCUCGUCGGUCGCAUCAUCCGCGUUUGAGUCUCUGCCGAUAGCUCUACGGAUUGCAUCAUGAUUCGACGCCCUUCGGUCCGGCCCUCGCUCCAUCUCGGUAGCAGGGUGGGCCUCGCGGCUCGGCAUUCAACUAGAGUGGAAGAUAUUUAGCGCACGCCCUUUUGUCGACUCAUUAAAGGCCGGUUCGUUGAAUUCGAGGAAAUGGGGGGCUGCAAUGAGCAGAUGUCCGUCAAAAACGUUGUUGACCGUGAGAACUUGACACCCGUUGAAAGCGGAUGCGUUGCUUGCAUUUCUAUACCUCUAUCUUCUCCUCGAGACAACCCGCCAGAACGAUGUCCAGCGCCAACAACACCAAGAAACCGACGCUGCUUUAUGUCGGCGAACCGAUCCGUGGACCUAACCGCGAGAGAUGGGCCCGAUUCCGCGAGAACUUCAACAUCCUAACCUAUACACGUACUACAAAGGAAGAUCUCCUCGCCUCCUUGAAACCUGGUGGCAGGUACUCCCAGAUAGAUGGGAUCAUUCGGCCCUGCCAUACCGGUAAUAACAACCUCCCGCGCUUCAAUAAAGAAUUCAUUUCCCAUCUUCCUCUGUCGCUGAAGAUUAUUUCAUCUUCGAAUCACGGCUAUGAACGAGAGGACACGGAAGAACUUGGUCGUCGAGGGAUAUGGUAUUGUAACGGUGCUGGAGCAGCGAACGACUCCACGGGAGAUAUUGCAUUGCUCCUCAUCAUAGCUGCAUUUCGCUAUACCAGCUUUUGCGAGAAUAACUUGCGUACAACUCGCAAGGGAGACUACUUCGCCGUAGAGGACGCGGUGGCCCCAACCUCGGUUAAUCCACGCGAUAAGAUUCUGGGCAUUGUGGGUAUGGGAGAGGUCGGACGUGCGGUUUCUGUACGAGCAAAAGCGCUGGGAAUGAAAAUACAUUACUUCAGUCGAACACGAAAGUCGCCGAAGGUAGAGCGAGAAGCUGGUGUCGCGGAAUAUCAUGCCACGUUAGAGUCCCUGCUAAAGGUUGCGGACUGUGUGCUGCUCGCAUGUCCGCAUUCCCCAGAGACGCAUCAUCUGUUAAAUAAAGAUACUUUCAAGUUGAUGAAAAGAGGGGUGAGGGUAGUCAAUGUUGCCAGAGGCAAGUGCAUUGAUGAAGAAGCAUUGGCAGAUGCUAUUGACGAGGGUAUCGUCGUGGGAGCUGGUUUAGAUGUCUAUCAUGACGAGCCCACCGUCAAUCCCAGAUUACUAGAUAACUGGAAAAUCACCUUGCUGCCGCAUAUCGGCGGUGCAUGUCUUGACACGCAUCUCAACUUUGAGAGAAUAGCAAUGGACAAUAUCGAGGCAUUCUUCCGGGGAGAUGGGAAGCUAUUGACACCUGUAAACAAUGUCACAGGGCCACGCCUCUAACACCGUAUAUGGAUUUCUUGUGGAUAUAAUGACCCUGAAUGGAUUCUGUCUAUCUCUAAGGCCAAAUUUAUAAAAUAAAUAAGGGUGCGAUUGGCGCCCCUCUUUCCCUUCUGUUUCCCCCUUUUCCAUCCUUCACUUAUUCCACCACUCAAAAGUGCAAAACACCGAGGAUUCUUGAGGCCAAAACUGGAGGACAUGCAAGCCCCAGAAAUUGAUCUUUAAGUCUCUUAGCACCCACCCUUCCCCAUCCAUAAAGAAAGCCCUCAGUUGUCGUCUAUGUCAUCCCACGAUCUACCCGGCCAUUGGCGCCGCGGGCCAAGGAUAUCAAAUCGCUCAAACGCACCCGUAGUUUGCAGAUGCCAUUCCUGAUCAGCCACGUCCUCACUCUUCCCCAGCACUCUACUAGUUUCUAACACGAAAUUAUCCCCAGAAGGGCCUGAACAGUUCACUAUCUUAGUCCCACACCACUUGCAGGAGAAAUCGUUUUUAGAUGACGAAUCCAACGAAGCAAGAACGAGGGCAGAUAUGGUCCGGUGAGGGCAGCAGAAUCCUGGGAAGUCAACGAGGGCAAGCUUCCUUCUGGCAUCCACGGUAUAGUGAGAGGUAAUAACCAAACGCCCGUCUUGAUUCAACAUCGGAGUGUGCCUAGCAUGGACUUUCGUUGAUCCCUGAGUGUAUCGGCACUCAUGCCAGUCAGAUAGGAAAACGGCGUCUGUGUCUAAGCCGUCAGUGGUUUUGUUUGCGAUAGCUGACUUUCGUAGCUGAGCGGUAAGUUUGAGUUUGGUUCGAAAAGUGAGUUGGAUGCAAGGACAAAGGGGAAUCACGCCAACCAGCGAGCCAAACAUGCAAGUACGUUGAUCUGCGACUGUGGCGAGGUCGCGCGUUGAGAACUCGCUAACUGGAUGUAGUUUGAGGCAUCCUGCACAGCAUCUGAAGCGAGAAUCCUCCAAGCGGCGCAGUAAUUGCCAAUAUCCAGAUCUCAGAUUGUGAUCACGGCUAUGAGGAAAGGAGGAGGUGCUGAAUUUCAUA